AUGCACAAGAUGCGUUCUGUUCUGCGCCUCCCCAGAAACGCAGGCAGCGCACGCCUGUAUUCCUCCGCCGCGGCGCCUACCCUACGCAUCAACGCCGCUCGUCUCCACGAGACGCUUCACCACACCUGCCAAUGGGGCUCCGCGCAUCGCUAUGGCGACAGCCCGACAGAGACCGGCAUGAAUCGUCUUGCGCUGACGGAUGACGACAUGGCAGCUCGGAUGUGGUUCCGUGGCGCUAUGGAAGACCUCGGGGCCAAGUUCACGAUUGACCAGCUCGGCAACAUGUUUGCGCAGAAAUCAGGAAAGGCGAAAUCGUCGGCCCCAAUGAUUGCCAUGGGGAGUCAUUUGGACACGCAGCCGCGCGGGGGCCGGUAUGACGGCAUUUUGGGCGUGGUGGCGGCGGUGGAGGCGAUGCGGACGUUGCAGGAGAAUAACUACGAGACGCACUUUGACGUGGGAGUCGUCAACUGGACAAACGAGGAGGGCGCGCGGUUCCCCAUGUCCAUGAUGGCGUCUGGCGUCUGGGCUGGCAAGAUUCCGCUCCAGACGGCUUGGAACACGCGCGACGUCUUCGACCGCAGCAAGACGGUCAAGUCGGAACUGGAGCGCCUUGGACUCAUUGGCUCCGUUGCGUGCUCUCACGACGCCUACCCUAUCAGCGCGCAUUUUGAGCUGCACAUUGAACAGAGCCCCGUUUUGCAAGACACGGGCCGAAGAAUCGGCGUCGUGCAGGGCGCGCAAGCGUAUAAAUGGUUCACCGUCCACGUCACCGGUCGCGACUCGCACACGGGGACGACGCCGCUGUACAUGAGACGCGAUCCGUUGCUCGCAGCUGCCAAAAUGAUAUCCCGCGCGCACGAGAUUGCCAAGAGCCACGGGGCGCUGGCAUCAACGGGCAUCUUCAAAAUUCCGGCAACGUCGUCGACAAACACCAUCGCUGCCGAGGUGUCGUUUUCUCUGGACGUGCGGCACCCGGAGAAUUCCGUCGUUGCGACUGUCGUAGAGGAGGUUGAUGCGGCCUUCGCAAAUAUUGCUCAGGAGGAUGGCAAGGGCGUAAGCUACAAGAUGACGCUGGAUACGGAUUCCCCAGCGGUCAAAUUUGAUAAGGACUGUAUCCGGGCGGUCGAGAACGCCGCCACAAAGACUGUAGGGAAAGACGGCUGGAGCCAUCUCACGAGCGGCGCUGGCCAUGACAGCGUGUACACGAGCAAGAUAUGCCCUACGACGAUGAUCUUCGUGCCCUGCAAGGAUGGCGUCAGCCACCAUCCUGAAGAGUACACGUCACCGGAAGAUUGUGCUCUUGGCGCGCAGACCCUGCUGGAUGCCGUCGUGGAAUACGACCAGUUCAAGGCGAACCAGUAA